ACCUGUCUCCCUGGAGCUGAGCUGCCUGGGACUGGUGCAGAAGUUUGGCCAGCCUCAGCUGGGGGGAGAUAGUGUGGGGAGCUUGGCUGGGCCCCUCUAGUGUCUUGAGGGAAGUGUGUCUUGAGGGAGCCUGUCCGGGGCAGGCCCUGGCCUGGCUGAUCACAACACUCCCGAGGGACCUGAGCAAUUCCCCACUCUGGGACCAGCUCUGGCUGAACUGCCAGCUCAGCCUGGCAGACACAGUUUCCUCCCAGCAGGGCCAAGCCCAGCCUACAAGAUCAUCUGCAGGGGAAGAAGCACCAGCGGCUGGAGAGCUUGCGUGCCAAACGCCAAGACCAGGAGCUGCGCAGUGUCUUUGUCAGUGGCUUCCACAAGGGUACAUCAGCCCCUGAGCUGAGUGAGUACUUCCAGGCCUUCGGGGGCGUGGCCAGUGUGGUGAUGGAUAAAGACAAGGGGGUCUAUGCUAUUGUGGAGCUGCAGGACCAGGAGGUGAUGGAGAAGGUGCUGGCCCAGCCGGAGCAUUGCCUGGGGGGGCAGCGGCUGCGGGUGAAGCCCCGGGAGAAGAAGGAAUUCAAAUACAUGCCUCCCAAGAAGCAGGGAUCUGCACAUCAUGUACAACUGAGUCCUGAAAAGCUGGUCCAGGCACUGUGCCAGGCUGAUGAUGUGGAUGCCCAGAUGUCACAGCUGGUGCAGCUGUUUGAGCUCUCCGAGAGCGAGAGGCGGCUGCGACACCUACUGGUCACCCUGUUCCAGGAGGUUUUCUCAGAGUUCUUCCCUGGGUGCGCCAUCCUCCCCUUUGGCUCAUCGGUGAAUGGAUUUGACAUCCAUGGCUGUGACCUGGAUUUGUUCCUGGACCUGGAGAAAACAAAAACCUUCCAGGCAUCUGCAAAGGGACCCCAGGGGGCACAGGCCGAGGAGGGGGCAGGGCCAGACUCUGACUCAGAGGACUCCAUCCUGAGUGACAUUGAUCUGACAACAGCGACGGUGCCCGAGGUGCUGGAGCUGGUGGCAGCUGUGCUACGGAAGUGCGUACCGGGUGUGCACAAUGUCCAGGUGGUGCACAGUGCCCGCCGCCCUGUCGUCAAGUUCUGCCACAAGGACUCGGGGCUGCUGGGAGACAUCUCCAUCAAUAAUAGGCUGGCGCUCUGCAAUACACGCUUCCUACAGCUCUGUACAGAGGCAGAUGAGCGGGUGCGGCCCCUGGUCUAUGCACUGCGCUACUGGGCCAAGCAGCAGGCCCUGGCAGGAAACCCCUUUGGGGGCGGCCCCCUCCUCAACAACUACGCACUGACCCUGCUGGUGCUGUUCUUCCUGCAGACGCGCAGCCCCCCGGCCUUGCCCACACUGGCCCAGCUCAGGGAGCUGACAGGGGAUAAGGAUCAGGCCAUUGUGGACGGCUGGGAUUGCAGCUUCCCCCAGGACGUGUCGCAGCUGGAGCCCAGCGCCAACACGGAGAGUCUGUGUUCCCUCCUGGCCGAAUUCUUCCGGGUCUUUGGGGACCAUGACUUUGCCGGCUGCGUGAUCUCGCUGCAGGAGGGCCGGGCGCUGCCCCUGCCCAGCUUCCUGCUCUCAGAAGUGGGUGCCAAGCUCAAGCUGGGUCCCUUCAACGUGCAAGACCCCUUCGAGCUGAGCCACAACGUGGCAGCCAACGUCAAUGAGAAGAUAGCGCAGCGGUUCCAGCACUGCUGCCGGGACGGGGCCAAGUACUGCCGCAGCCUGCAGUACCAGCGCAAAUCCAGCAAGGGCAAGGCCUGGGGGCUGGUGCGGCUCUUCCAGCCAGGGGUGCCAGAGGCUGGGGAGCUGGGCCCCGAUGGGCUCCUCAUCACCAUCCCCUUCAUGCUGAUGGCACUCUCCCCUGGGAGCCGGCAGCAGCUGUGCCAGGCCAGGGACUUCCGGCGCUGCUGGUUUGACAAGGUGUGUGCCGCCAUCACCUUCGUGCUGAAGGAUGUGCUGAAGUGCAGCUGCAUGGGGCCUGCAGGGGAGCCCCUGGGGCAGGAGCCCACAGAGCAGAAUGGAGGGGAGCAGCCCCGGUCUGAUGAGAGAGGAAGCUUGGCUGUCUCCCCAGCUAAGAAGAGGCCGAGAGUGGAGGGCCCAGCGCCAGAGGAGGAGGAGAGCGUGAGCUGGAGCUGUGCUGUGUGGCACCGUGUCUGGAUGGGCCGGCGCCGUGUCCGGCGCCAGCUCCGGCACCUGGGCAGCCCCCAGCCAGACACGGAGCAGGAGGCUGGCUCUCUGGAGGUGGAGGAGAAGGUGUCGGAGGCCAUAAUCCAGCAGGAGGGAGAUUCCCUGGGGGCAGAGCCACUGCUGAGGUUCACGGCCUGUGCCCGAGUGGGCGGAGGCCAGGAGGACACACGGACCCUCCUGUAUUUCACCCCAGCCCCCCAGCAGGGCCCCCUGUUCCAGGACUUCUAUCACUUUCUGCAGGGCUUUCUGCCCAGGAUGGUGGAGCGGUAUGUGGGCAGAGCAGCUUGGGGCAGGCAGUGACCACUAGUGACAUCCAUGCCAGCACCCUGAGACUGGGGGAUGCUAUUUUAAAUGGACUUUGCCGUGUCUCUACCAUGUGACUGGGAAGGGAAUAAAGGGCCUAGCCAAGUGCCCCUCUGGGCUGUGCCUGUCCCGCUGCUUGGGGCAUGGGGGGAAGUGGCUGGGGGCCUCGCUCGAGUGGGGAGCGGGUCCCCAGCUGGAUGCAGGCCCGUCUCCUAUCUCCCUGCCCAGCCUCUUGCGAAUUUGCUGCUGUUCGUCCCCUCUGGUGCCCUGUAGCACUGGGAUUUGAAGGCCUGGCAGUAUUCUGCAUGCACGUUAUCGGGGGUGGGGCAGAUUCUUCAUUGGGGCGGGGGCAGACUAUCAGCAAUGGCCAAUGGGGCACGAGUGGUGAGUAUAAAUGCAGUUGAUGCCCCGGGAAGGGGUGGGGGGCAGUAGCAGAAGGAGGUGUAAGAGUCCUGGGGUGGACAGACCUUGACUCUGGCCAGUUCAGCUCCUCUGUCCUCUCCAUGCAGCAACAGCAGCAUUAUGUGCUCCAUUGGGGGCUAUCGGGGAGGGAUCUAUGGGAAGGGAGUCCAAGGGGGCAGUAGGGGGGGGGUUACUGGGAAGGGAUGGGAGGCCCCCAGGAGAGGCAGCUCAGAUCAGGACCAGCCCCAGGCUGGGCCAUGGCCCCUCCCAGAGCUUUAGGUACUGCCUUUCCCAGGUGGAAUAGGUCGGGGUGGGGGAAGGGAAGAAGAAAAGGUAUUUAGGGCCCUAGAGCCUGCAACACUCCCUCCCUCAGGGACAGGCAGGUGAGGCAGCAUGGGCAGAAGGGGGCCAGGCUAGGACUGGGGUUCUAGAGGCGAUAUAGCCCCUUUUCCCCAUAGUGCCUCACCUGUGGGCACCAGACCUGAGGGCAUUUCACAGAGAUGAACAGGUUAAGCCAGGGGUGGGGGUGCACUUGGUACUUUCAAGUAGAGCCCUGCAGUGCAGUAUGCUGCUAAACUCCCUUCACUGCACCUACUGAGAUCUGAGAGGCGGGCGCCCCAGCCUAAGGGGAGGGGCAACAACCAAGUGAUACUGGGGGACAGCUAAUAAACCAGGGACAGGAUUGAGGAUAUAGGGCCCUAAGCAGGGAACUGGAGGGGGACAAUGAGCAGAGUACCCCAGACAGCGCCUACUGCUCCUCAAGGGGGUCUAGGGAGCCACUGGAUGCAGCCCAGAGGAAUUCUGCCCGGAUGCGUGAUGGAAGGGAGGAGCGGAAAUAGGCCCCACAGUCGCAGAGCACGUCCCUGUCCAACAUCCUCUUCCUGGGGUUAUAGCUGGCCAUUUUCCCAGCGCCAAGAGGAGGUUGACAAGGAAGGCUGCUGACUUUGUGGGGCCAUGGAUAGGAGGUGCGGGGAAAAGUGCAGCCAGAACCUUAGGAGAAGGUUAAGCCAGGGGUGGGGGUGCAGCAGCAGUGAGGUGUCUGGUAGUUUCAAGUAGAGCCCAGCAGUGCAGUGUGUGAUUUAACGCUGGUCUGUGCAGAUUGUUUCACUGUAGCUACAUAAACAAUUGAGCCAGUUAGGACUGAGUUGCGGACUCUAGAUUGAUUUACAGGGGAGGCUGAACUGCUUUUCCAGCUGCACCAAUCUACUUCUGGUUCAGGCUUAACGUGUCAUGAGAAAAUUUUGAUGUAUUUAUCCAAAAUAGAUUUUUCUCCCAUAGCCCACUGCGCAGUGUGCACGAUGGGAGAAGAGUGGUGGAGGUUGAUCUGGCUGGCAGAUCUAUUCAGUGAUGAGCUGCCAAAAUCUUAACAACCGGUUCCCUCCUCACCCCACAAGGGGGUUGUGGCCCGCCUCCCAGGACCCCUGCCCCAUCCACCCCCCUUCCCUGUCCCCUGACUGCUCCCCACCACCCUAUCCAACCCCUCCUCUCAUUCCUGAUGGCCCCCUGAGAUCCCUGCCCCAUCUAACCACCCCUUCUCUCUGUCCCCUGACCUCCCCUGGAAUCCCUGCCCCUGGUUGCCUCCCAGUGCCCCAUCCAACUCCAUCUUCUUCCUGAUUGCUCCCCUGGGACCCUUGCCCCCAUUCAGCCCCCCUGCUCCCCACCCUCUGACCGCCCUGACCCCUAUCCACACACCGCCUGACCACCACCCUGAAUUCCCCUGCCCUAUCCAACUCCCCCUCCCCCCACUCCCUGCCCCCCUUACCACAUUGCCUGGAGGUGGCUGGCAGCGCUACAGCUGUGCCGCUCAGCUGGAGCCAUGCCAUGCCACCGCAGCACCUGGAGCACCGGAUCAUGCGGAGCUCGCAGCCCCCCUGCUUCCCGCGAAUCAGUUGUUCGCGCGGGAAACCUGGGAGGGCUGAGAAGUAAGUGUUGGCUUCGCACUCAGGCCCAGGGAGGCGGAGCGGAGGUGAGCUGGGGUGGGGAGCGGUUCCCCUGCGCAUCGCACCCCCUCCUUUUCCCCCCCCGGGUUACCUGCUGUGGCAUCAGCAGCCCGCUCACCGCCGCUCCGCCUCCGCAGGCCUGAGUGUGAAGCCACCACACCGCUUCUCCACCCUCCCAGGCUUCCUGCACAAACAGCUGAUUCGCGGGAAGUGGGGGGCAGGGGGAGAAGGGAAGCAGAGCGUUCAGGGGAGGAGGCGGAGCAGAAGUGAGCUGGGGCGGAGUGGGGAGCUGGAGCACCUAAGGUGCCACUUUUGAAUAAUGUGCUCGGGGGAGCAGCCACUCCCCCUGCUCCCCCCCUAGCUACGCUCCUGGGUCACUUCAACUUACCGGUUGUUAAAUUUAGAAGCCCUUUUAGAACUGGUUGUCCCGCGCCGGACAACCGGUUCUAAAAGGGCUUCUAAAUUUAACAACCGGUUCCCAUGAACCGGUGCGAACUGGCUCCAGCUCACCACUGGAUCUACUCCAACCAAACACCGGGACGGGGAGGGAAUGGGCGGCUGUGCCUUGGGAGAUUGAACAGACAAAGGGUGGGACAUAGGCCUCUUAGACUAAAGCAGUCUUUUGUUGUCAUUCACUUAAGCAGGGCCGGCUCUAGAGUUUUUGCCGCCCCAAGCAGCGCACUG